AUGUCCCUGGCACCCCCGGAUGCUCCUUUCUGCCUCGGCUGUCCCCCCGGCAAUGGACACCACAUCCGGCGCCAUGUCCAGGCAGGAGAGUGUCCCCGACUCCUGCUCCGGAACAGCCUGUGCUUCAGCUCGCAGCCAGCGGCUCUGCCUCCCAUUCCCCCGCCGUCACCCCUGGACGAGAGGCAGCGGACCCUCAUCCCUCGACUGGCGAGGACGAGGGAAGAACGGGCUAGGUUCCGGGGGUUCGGGAGCCAUCAGGACAGACGUGGUCCCUCGUCCUCGGGGAGCGUCGAGUCCCGUGGAGGAAACAUCACACAGCUGCACAGACAGCCCCCUGCAGGCUGCAGCGGGGUGAGGACGCGGGCGGCCGCCGGGCCGGAGGCGGCGACAGGGGAACGGCGCAGCGCAGAGGAGCGGGCUGUGGCGCGGGUGGGGGCAGCACGCCGUUGUCCCGACCCCGGGGAGCACAGCAGCGCCUGGGGGGAGUUUGAAGGCUUUCGGGAAUCUUCAGCCAAGUCUGAACAAUUCUCUCGGUCCCUUGGACUUCUGGAGAGACCCGCUCCCGCCCCAGAGGAGCGUGGUUCUCCCCAGCCGCAGCCGGGCGGGGUGACAGGAGCCGCCGCCCUGCCACCGUCACAGCCCAUCCUCAGCUAUGAGAACAUUUUUAAAUUUGCUUUUCAAGAAAUAACAGUCCAACAGUCAACUGAAGAUGUUUCCACCUUAGACCAUUUCUUAGAAAUAAGUGGAGAAAAAUCUGACCUUGCAUCAGUACAUAAAUUGUGUUCUGAGUCGAGAAAACUCUGGAGAGCCCUGCAGAGCACAGAUACCACCUCUGCUUCACGGCACCUCUGGAGUGAAUCCCGCUGCCAGGAAAACUACUUUCUUGUUCUUGGCAUAGAUGCUGCUCAGAAGAUCCUUUCUGGAGGCCAGGGUCACAUUUUGGAAGGUUCCAGCCUUAAAGAGCCUGAAGAACUCCUGGCUGUUGGCAGCUUCCGUCUACACCACUGCAGAGCCCUGGUCCAGACCACACUCUCAGGAACACCCGGCAGCAGGCACGGGAGCCUGAUUACAUACAGCCUCUUUCUGAAGACCCCCUUGCAAGGAAACAGGCAACACAUCACAAUUCCAAGGAAAAAGAAGAUAUUCACUCCACGUAACCUAAAAAUGAUGUUCUUUAAUAGUGACGUUUGCUAAACACGAGAGUCCUUUGUACCUUCAUGAGGAAUUUUACAUUUUCUUACUGGUUUGGUUUGGUGUUGGAAACCAGACCUACUCUAUGGGGCUAUCUCCCAAGUUCCAAGUCAGUUUCCUAGGAUCUCUCUCUCAAAGCCCGGCCUGUACGCCUGGCUGGUUCCAGGUCUGAGCAGGAUAAAUGGGGUGCGUCCCUUGGCAGGGCCAGCCCUCACAGGGUGGGCGGAGGCUCCUGGGUGCGCUGGCAGGCUGUCGGGCUCCAGGUGGCAGCACAGGGCACCCAGUGAAGGACGCCAGGCCUGGCUUCAUUGCCUGGGGACCCCUCUCUGUUGGAUCAGUGGGUUCAGAAGAAAGGGGACAACAUAGAAAUGUUGCCAAGGAGACACUCUUGACAGCGCCCAGGAAACCCUCCUGUUCCAUGCGCAGCCCUUGACGCUGGGCUCCACGCAAGUCCCCGGAGCCUCACAAAUAUGCUCCCGGGCCCUGUCCCGUAGCCUGGGGACAGGCCUUUCUCCCCAACGGUGCUGGAGCAUCUGAGAGCCAAGGGCCUCCAAGGUGGAGCCAAGCAAUCAGCACUGACUCUGUAAGCUUUCAUGAAUAAACCGGCCUGGACCAGCC